AUGGCUGGUAAAAAUGAUCGUGCGAUUGCUAAUGCUCUUCAAGCAUUAGCACAAUCUAUGAAUAAUAACAAUAGGACUGGAGUCGCUCCUAACUGGUUGGAGCAAUUUCAACGAAAUUACCCACCUACAUUUAAAGGAGGAUAUGACCGAUAUGCUGCUAUGAAUUGGCUAACGGAGAUCGAGAAGAUCUUCAAUGUUAUGGAUUGUCCCCUCGCUCAAAAGGUGAAGUUGGCCACCUUCAUGUUGAUUGCUGAUGCUCACUUUUGGUGGGAAGGAGCACUUUGGAGGAUGAUUGAUGGAGGGGUGCACUUGAAUUGGGACAACUUCAAGAAGGCUUUUCUUGAAAAGUAUUUCCCGGAUGAUGUGAGGAGUCGGAAAGAAAUGGAAUUCCUUGAACUGAAUCAAGGGAAAGACAUAGUGACAGAGUAUGAUGCCAAAUUUGAUGCUUUGGUUCGUUAUUGUACACACUACCAUGGUGAGGGUGGUGAAAGGGCUAAAUGCAUAAAAUUUGUAAAUGGUCUGCGUCCUAAAGUGAAAACUGCAAUUAACUAUCAGGAGAUAUAUCAUUUUCCCACUCUAGUCAAUAAGUGCAACAUUUAUGAUCGUGACAACCGUGAUCGUGCUGCUUUCUAUAAAGGAGUUGGAGGUCCUAUCCGUGUUGUGAAUUCUAGUACUUCGGGUAAGAGUAAGCCUUACUCCGCUCAUACUAGAUUUCAAGGGAGUAAAGCUGCUGCUAAUAAAAGUAAGUCAUUUACUAGAGGAUCCACUAUUAGUGCUACUGGAAGUGUUGGAGGGUCUGUUUCCACUCCUUCAGUAAGAUGCGGGAAGUGUGGACUUGCUGAUCAUAAUCAGUCUGAGUGUCGUGACAGGGAAGUUACCUGCUUCAAUUACAAUGGUCACAUCAGCACCCAAUAUCCUGAACCACGAAGGACACAUGUUAUUGGAUCAGAUUUUGAUUUAGUUGUUGAAACCCCUACUAAUGGUCCUGUGACUACAUCCUUAGUGUGUUUGAAAUGUCCUUUGACAGUUUCUGAUAAGCAGUUUCUAGUUGACUUAAUUUGUUUGCCUCUUAGUCAAUUAGAUGUAAUUCUUGGUAUGGAUUGGUUAUCUUCUCACCAUGUCCUUUUAAACUGCUUUGAGAAAUCUAUUUCCUUUGGUGAAUGUAAGAGUACGGAAUUUCUUAGUGCUGCUGACAUUAAAACUUGUUUAAAAGACAAUGAAAAAGUGUACAUGAUCUUAGCUUCUUUAACACUUGAGACUGAUAGUAAGCUAGAUGAGAUUCCCUUAGUGAGAGAAUUUCCAGAAGUAUUUCCUAAGGAUGUGUCUAGUUUACCACCUGAGAGAGAGAUUGAGUUUAGCAUAGACUUAGUACCAGGAGUAGGCAGAGCACUGAAAUCUCGUAAACUUACUCCACGUUUCAUUGGUCCUUAUCAAAUUCUUAAAAGAAUCGGUGAAGUAGCCUAUCAAAUUGCCUUGCCUCCAUCUCUUUCAAAUCUCUAUAGUGUCUUUCAUGUUUCCCAACUCAGAAAGUAUGUCCAUGAUCCUUCCCAUAUCAUUGAGUCUGACAACAUUCAAUUGAAGGAUAAUCUUAUCUAUGAAACGAUUCCUUUAAGGAUUGAUGACACGAGGGUGAAACAACUGAGAGGAAAGGAAAUCCCUUUGGUUAAGAUCGUUUGGGGAGGAAAUUUUGAAGAAAGUGCUACAUGGGAAUUAGAAAGCAAGAUGCGAUAA